CCUCAAUUACGUCAUACGUUUGCUGGCAAUUUUCGCGCGAACGUCAAAUUCAAUCGUAGGCGUUGCUAACUUUGGCAUUCACUUUUCAAAAUGUUUUGAUGUCUUUUCAAAAUUCACAACAGCUGCAAUAUAUGUAUGUAAUAAAAUGGGCUCCAAGAUAAUCGCUGAUGCUUUACAGUUUUUAAAAAUUCUAAGGACGCUUCAGGAUGAAGGCAGAGACUCAUGUUUUUAUGAGGACCAUAUCCAGAUUCUGAAAGUAAAUGGAGCUAAACCAUUACAUUACAUCUACAAUGGCGACAGACCAGUCUUCAUCUGUGAAAAAAUUGCUGUAUUGUCCGGGGAUGAGGCCCCAGAUGUUCCAGACCCUGAUGAUGAGGAAAUGGACGAGUCACACUCUGGAGAUGAGAUGAGUCAGGAGGCCCGGAUAGAACCAGGACCACAGCCUCUCACCCUCUCGAAAGCAAGGCAGCUGUUGUCCUGGUACACCAUGUCUCAGAACACCGCCGUGCCUCCGGCCGGGUCCACACCACUUCUGACACCUCCGGCCGUGAACCUGGCCCCUCUGCUGCCACUCUGGGUGCGCUGUGACAUGGCAGACGCCGCCGCAACCGCCUGGCUCGCCGCGGAGCCCGUCUGCACCGGCAACAAGGUGUCCGGGGUGAAGCUGUACUCUGUCACUUGUAAAGGUUCAACUGUUGACAAAGGCACAUUCAUCACCUUAGAUGAGCUGAAACAGGAACAUAAGAAGCGACACCAUCAGUCGUCGGUGGUGUCUCGGGGCUCGGCCCAGUACAGCCUGUUUGGUUCUACGGUGGUGGAGAACACAACCAUCCAGUCUCAGAGCAGUGUGACGGCAGACUUCAGGUGGAACAAUGUGGAGAGCAUCCUGGAGGCCCCGCCUCUCUCCUCGAUGGCCACUCUGAACAUCAGGGUGUCCAGUGGAGACAUGAGGAGCCCCAUGUUUCAGAUGUUCAAGGAGUUGGAGUUUCUGCAGAUUCUGGCUGAUGGUCUGAGGACCGGGGAGACUGAGUGGAUGGAACCCCUGGAUGGCAGGUCUGCUGUGGAUCUUACCAGGGAAUAUCUGGAUGAAGUCCAGAACACAGUGAAGUCCCUGCAGGACCAAACCGCUAAAGAGGUGGAGACAGAAAAGGUGAAGGUGGAUUCAGCUGUAGAGGCGUCCAUAUUCACCAACCUGAUGGAGCGAGGAGACCUGGACUUCGUAGAGCAGCUCUGGGUGCGCAUGAGGAAGAGUGUGACUUCAUACCAGGACGUUAGAGACUGUCUGAAACUGGUCAUCCAAGCACUGCAGUAUGGUGACAUUAAACCAUGGAUCCACAGGGACAGCAGUAGCUCCCUCAGUAAGCUGAUUCUCCAGUCGUACCACCAUCAGAUGGACCUUGUCUCUCUGAGCGGCCUCACUCCUGUUCACAUGCUGCUGGAGAUGGGCUUAGACAAGAUGAGGAAGGACUACAUCAACUACCUAAUAGGUCAAGAACUUACCACACUGAACCAUCUGAGUUACUUCCUGAAUACUGAGGUGGAUCUUCAGGAGCAGGUGAUCAGACUGAGGAAACUACACCAUCUGCUGGAGAUCAUGGUGACCUGCAGCAGCUUCCUGGGCCUGCCCUAUGACAGGCUGUUCCUGUUGACACAGUCGUGUCUGCAGUACUACAAAACCUGCUCCUAUGAUGAAGACCACGAGUUCAAACUGCCAAUCAAACCUGCCCUGAUCAGCCACUUCUACCAAAAAGAGCCGGCAGUGUCCUGGAGUGUGGAGGUCUCCAGCGGCCACGGUCCCAGAGAGGUAAAGACAUCCUGGCAGCUGAGUGACAAGCCCCUGGUCAAUCACGUUGUUUUUGAAACAGCCUUUCAGAACGAGAUGACGUUGAACGUGGACAGUGAGGAGGUGACUGUGAACAGGCACAGUGAGGAGGUGACUGUGAACAGGCACAGUGAGGAGGUGACGGUGAACCGGGACAGUGAGGAGGUGACGGUGAACCGGGACAGUGAGGAGGUGGCCUAUUUCACCACAAUGACAUGUUGCAGCCUGGUCAACUUCUCUGUUUAGUAAAAAACAGACACAUAUAAUGAAAUCGACCUGGGUGCAGAUGGAGUUCAAUGUAGACAUUAACUUCAUUGCAAAAGCGUGAAAUAAAACUGUAAACAACAUUAAACAAUGUAUUUUUAAU